AUGAAAACUGUCAAUACCUCAAUCAAGACUAGUGUUCUGUUGCCACGGUCUGAAGAGAGUUCUUCCAAACAUUCAAGAUAUUCAAAGAAGGUUGAGGAGAAUCCUUUGAAUCCUAUUCAGGAGAAGAAACGAUCAAAGUCUCCAAAGAAGAAAUCAAUAGAAGAAGGAGCUGUUUCUAAGACUCAGGAAACACCAAUUUCACCAGAAACUGAUGAAUCCCCAAAGGAAGUGUUUCCUUUGAAAACUAGGGUGUUCAAGCGAAUUAAGAAGAUUGCCCACAAGUCACGAAGUUCUUCUAACCGAACUCCAAGUUUUUCUCAAAUGAUUUGCAAGCCACACGUCAAAAGAAAGUGUGUAGUGCUUUCUGAAAUUUUGGUUCCUUCUUCUCCAUCAUCAAAGAAACACAAAGCUGAAGAUAUGGAAAAACACAUUUCGAAGAAACAGAAAAACAAACUUCGAAAGCUGGUGAUAAAUGACGAAUCUAAAGAAGAAGAAGUUCUUCAGGAUCCUCCACUGACAACAUCUCAAGUCAACAUUUCCAAUGUCGAAAUUUCUUGUUGUAUCUUUACAAAAGUUCAUCCUUCAUCUGAUGAUGAUGAGAAUGUUUUUGUUGGAACUUUUAGGGAUAUUCAAUUUAAUCUAGAAGAGGAGCAGAUUCCAGACAAUAUGAUACUCAUAGGAAAACAAUUCAAAAUCCUGAAUCAGAAGCUUAAUUUGUUAUUACAUAUUCAAGACGAUGGAGGAGGGAAACAUUCAGUGUCCAGUCUGGAAGUUGAUCUUUUACUCAAAAAGCAAGUAGGUCGUCUUCAUGAGGCAGUUUCUAAUAUUAACAGAAACAAUGAGAAGCGUGUGAAGAAUCAAUUAUCUACGUUCUCCGAUGAUUUUAACGAACUGUAA